CUCUUCCAGUCAGACAACUAUUUCGAUGAGUGCUAUUGUCCCAUGAGACAAGUACGCUCUCUGAUUGGUCUUCCUCGCAUGAGUGACGCAGAAACAGCGUAUAGACGCCACGAGUCGGCGGCGCUACCGAGGGGCUGUGGGCGCGCAGCUGGAACCCCCGGCUGUUAGUGCGCUUCCAGCUCCUCACCCCGACCCUGCGCGCAGCCUGCACUAUGGCAGCCCCGCCGCAGCUGAGGGCUCUGCUGGUAGUCGUCAACGCACUGCUGCGCAAGCGCCGCUACCACGCUGCGUUGGCCGUGCUUAAGGGCUUCCGGAACGGGGCUGUCUAUGGAGCCAAAAUCCGGGCCCCUCACGCGCUGGUCAUGACUUUUCUCUUCCGGAAUGGCAGCCUCCAGGAGAAGCUGUGGGCCAUACUGCAGGCCACGUAUAUCCACUCCUGGAACCUGGCACGGUUUGUGUUCACCUACAAGGGUCUCCGGGCCCUGCAGUCCUGCAUACAAGGCAAGACCUACCCAGCACACGCAUUCCUGGCGGCCUUCCUCGGGGGUAUCCUGGUGUUUGGAGAAAACAAUAACAUCAACAGCCAGAUCAACAUGUACCUGUUGUCACGCGUCCUGUUUGCCCUGAGCCGCCUGGCUGUAGAGAAGGGCUACAUCCCUGAACCCAGGUGGGACCCGUUCCCGCUGCUCACUGCGGUGGUGUGGGGGCUGGUGCUGUGGCUCUUUGAGUAUCACCGAUCCACCCUGCAGCCCUCGCUGCAGUCCUCCAUGACCUACCUCUAUGAGGACAGCAAUGUAUGGCACGACAUCUCAGACUUCCUCAUCUAUAACAAGAGCCGCCCCUCCAAUUAAUGCAGCCCUGAGGUGUCUGGCUGUGGCUCAAGAUUUGGCCCCGUGCAGACCCUCCCAAAGGAUACUGCCUUCUCAAGAUCAUAGGCCUCAGACUCCAGCUGGUGUUAUCCCAGAGUUCCGUUUGCUGAAGUAAAAACACUGAUUUUAAAA